GGUGCCGCCAUUGAUUACAGUCACCAAAACAGGUCGAAACCAUUUGUCCUUUCUAGGGUUCCAGUUCCGGGGAAGAGAGAGAGAAGCAAAGAAUGAGUAGGUUAAUCUCCUUUCUGAAGAGGAAUCCAGCAUCACCAGUAUCGAGUUCGGCGAAGUCGGUGGAGGAAGGGACUACCAGAUCAUGGGGUGUUCGUAAGGUGGUGUCGGGCGCCUUGAUUUGUCUAAUGGGUGGUGUCGCUUUGAGUGCUCUCGAUGACCUUGCCAUCUAUCAUGGCUGUAGCAGCAAAGCCAUUGAGAAAGCCAGUAAGAACAAGGCAAUGAUAGAUGCUAUUGGGGAGCCUAUUGUUAGAGGUCCUUGGUACAAUGCAUCACUUGCAGUAGCUCACAAGAGGCAUUCUGUAUCUUGUACAUUUCCUGUUUCUGGACCGCAAGGCACUGGAAUCUUUCAGUUGAGGGCAGUUCGUAAUGGAGGUGACACUUGGUUUUCAUUUUUGCGGCCCCGUGACUGGGAUAUCCUUAUAAUGGAAGCUCUCCUCCAUGUUCCUGGAAAUGAAGAGAAGCAGCAAACAUUUAGAAUUAGUCUCGCAGACGACCUCCCUGAUCCAGCCUGCAAGACAUGCAUCGAUCACCAGUCACCGAAAGCAGAGGAAUCAGAGAAGAAAAAUGAAUCUCAAGCUAGUUAGUACCUGAGAAUUUUAGUUUAUUUUGGUCGUUUCAUACAAGUGUUCAAUCCUCAAAACCAUUACAUAGUAAGUCGGAUGAGCUCCAAAUUUGCUUUUCUCACUGUGAAUAAAUUUUGCUGGAGGUUUUCGAAUGCUUACAGGUCGUGUUUGGAUGAUCAUGAGGGGAGAUUGGAUUGGUAUUAAGAAAUCCCUUCAAAUCCAACCAAGAGAUUUUUACUUGGGAUUUAAUUGUAAAUUCAAUUCAAUUC